GGUUGCCAUCCUCCCCGCCCCCCUUUCUCGACCCAAGCACCGCUCUCGCCCGGCUUCGCCUGGACUUUCGCCGUCCUUCGGUCUGGUCCUUUCGUCUGCUGCGUCGCUGCCGGUCCUCCUCAACCGGUCUCUCUGAAAGCAGGUCACCCCCGGCGCCAUGGUUUCGCCGCUGCCCAUUGAUCCGUCCAAUGUCCAGUGGGCCAUCCACCACCAGAGCACACGCAUCGCCCCGCAGUGCGCAACAACGGGCAUGUCUCCUGCCAGCAUCGUUACCAACUCGGGUGACUAUGUCGUUGCCCUGAACCGAUGUCUCUGUUUCCCGUCGACGGGCAACUCUACCGGGAGCUGCCAGUACUUCUCCCUCGUCACCGCAAAUAACACCAUCGAGACGGUCGAUUGCGAACAGGACACAAACUGCUUGACGAACUGCAAGGUCCUUGCCCAAUAUUCGACCCUCACCAACAGCCCCUGCACCACCGACCUCUUUACGGGGCCCUAUUCUAUCUUUGACUACACAACAACUACUUUGUGGGAUCCGGGUUUCAAGACCAACUACUUCUAUUACUAUGCCUUUGCCACAAACGACCCCUCCUGCACGACCAUCAGCCAAGCCAACAGAGUGCCUGUCUAUCCCAAUUGCACCCAGAUUCUUCCGGGUGUCUCUGCGAUCACCCUACUGAACCCGAUCAGUGGAAACGUCGAGCGCUACGCCUGCACCGACCCGGCCUGCAAUUCUUGCCAAAUCGUCUCCUCCACCACUCCAAAUACCUUGUGUGGGGUCGAUAGCGCGGACUCUGGAACCUACUUUAGCGAGUAUCGGAAGGGCGCCAUCAUGAGCGACCCUUCUCUCGUCCUUCCGAGCCACUUUCCAAACCAAAGUGCGCCCGCCGUCUCGGCCACGGCGGCUGCGCCUGGUCCAAGCUCCUCAACCUCCACUUCCACCCCUCCAUCGGACUCGAGCAACGCCAUCCUGAUCGGAGGCGUCGUGGGCGGCAUCGCGGUGAUUGCCAUCGCAGCAGGCGCCUUCAUCUUGUGGUAUCAUCGGCGAAGCAAGCGACUGCAGCAACAGGAUGCGCCGGUGCUCCCAUCGCUCCCAAGCGCUGCGACCCAAGCCACGGCUUCCAGCAAUGACAGCGUUUCCAUCUCUGCCUCAACUCAGCCUCCAUCACAUUUCGUUCCUGACACUCUCGCCCCAGUUCCGGUGCCCGGUGCUGUCCCUGUGUCUGGCCCUGGGUUCGUGCCUCCUGGUCCUGGAUUCGUUCCUCCUGGCCCCGGGCCAGUACCAGGCUCCAAUGAUCCCUAUGCCCACCAAUAUCGUGCUUCUCAGAUGUCCAACCUCGGACCUGCAGCACCAUAUCCUCCAGGCAUGAGCUCCUCGCCGAGAGCAUCGUAUCUCGGUGAUCCCGCCUACUCUGGCUCGCCGCAGUCUUUCCAAGCUCCUCCUUAUACCACCAACGACCGCCACGGCAACCGAGGCUCGUUCCAACCGCCUGUGCAUCCGUCCCAGCUGCCAAGCUAUCGGGCAUCGAUGAUGUCCCAGCCAAGCAACACCCCGGUCGUUGUCGAUGAAAAGUUCCAAAUCGCCAGCUUCCAGCGCGGCAAUGCCGAGCCUGAGUAUAUUGCUUACACCAAUGCUGCUGCUGGAGGCUCUCGAACAUCCUCCGGGUAUUCCUCCCAAGGAAGCCUCAGUUCCAAGUAUGUUGCUGUUGUUGAAAUCCCAAAGGUCCGCCCAACCGAUCUUGCCCUCACUGUCGGAGACGUGGUCAUUCUCCAGCGCGGCUUCCAGAACGGGUUUGCACAGGCAUUCAACCAAACUACUGGCAUGUCGGGUGUCAUUCCAGAGCACAGCGUCAGGCCGCUGGGUCCGGAGCGGUAUUUGCCCUCCCAAUAGUAAGAGAAUGUCAUUGAUGUCAUUGUCCAGGACAAUCCAGUCGCGUUCGCCGUUACAAUAAAUCGUGAGGCCUGUCUAUCUUUCUCAUGUUGGCGGAGAGGUGCUGACAUAUCUGUCCGAAAUGGAGCAAUAUCGGCUCGUUCCGGGCUGCCC